AUGGAGACGAUCUCAUCCUGUCCCAUCUGCAAUAUACAAGUUCUCACGGUUGAGCUGGAAUGGCAUGCCAAUAGCCACUUUGAUGAUGAUCAACUCCAAAGGGACAUGGAAUUAGCACAUCAGAUGGCAAUUGCUGAAUCAAGUACAGGUACCAUGAAUGACCCAAAACGUUAUAGUGGAUCAUUCACCAGUGACUCCAAUACUCUAGGGGCCUCAUCGAGUCAUAGUGGAUACUCACGCCAUUACAGCGAGCUAUUGGAUGAACAAAUCUCUUGUUUGAUCGGAGCACAAAUUCGAAGCAAAGUUCAAGAAGUAGAAGGCGGUAUUAUGAGCUUGUUGAGGGGCUGCUUGGAGUCAGAAGCUGGUUCCUUGACAAGUAUGAUAUCAGGCUAUAUUGAGCAUCAUCAGAGUCUUUCAUCAGAAGAUAAGGGAUGGGGAUGUGGAUGGAGAAAUAUUCAGAUGCUGAGCUCUCAUCUAUUGAAGCAAAGACCAGAAGCUAGAGUAGUAUUAUUUGGUGGUUCUGGAUUUGUUCCUGACAUCCCUUCACUCCAGAGGUGGCUUGAUAUUGCUUGGGAUAAAAAGUUUGAUACGAUUGGCUCCAGCCACUUUCAUAACAAAGUUUAUGGUGCCAAUAAAUGGAUAGGGACUACAGAAUGUGCUACCCUCUUCCGCUGCUUGGCCUCCGCAAGGAUUGUAGAUUUUGAUAGCACAGAAUCAUCUGACCUCCAAAGUCAUUCAAGGACAAUAGUUGGGAUUCAAAAGAAAAUGGGUCAUUGUGGAUCUCAAGAACAAUACACCCUUUUGAUUUUAGAUCCUGGCCAUAGAACUGCAGAUCUAGAAAGGUCUCUAAGAAGCAAAAAGGGAUGGCAGCGUCUGGUGAAGAGAGGUGUCCACACACUCAGGAAGCCACAAUAUCAGUUGUGUUAUGUGGAUCCUGGAAUUGCUAGUUUAGAAGAGAUGGAGCAACUGAAGGAUAUUAAUAAUGAUAGUAUACUAGUCAGGUUUUAG